UGACAAAAUGGAACCCACCAGCAGUGUGAGGAGACCUGAAAGUGGCACAUGGCAGAGUGUGGCGAUGGAGACAGCAGCAAUGGGAGGCCGUACAGGGACCCAUGACACACUCUGGACCUGGCAGCAGCAUGAGGAGGCGGUACAGGGGCCCAUGACAGAUUACGGGCCUGGCAGCAGCAUGAGGAGUGGUACGGGGGCCCAGCACCCUAUCACAAAAUGGAACCCACCAACAGUGUAAGGAGACCUGAAAGUGGCACAUGGCGCAGGGUGGCGGUGGAGGCAGCAGUAUUCGGAAGCCAUACACAGGCCUAGGUUAAAAAGCGGAAGCCGUCAGCAGCGUGA